UCAUUCACAACCUUCCCCCAAGGGAUAAGAUCAUAAAACCAAUGCCUAUCUUUAAUUUUUCUCAUUAUUCCAAUUUUCUUUAAUUUCUUCUUUUACAUCCAUGGAGUUUGACCUUGUGAAUCGUCCACAUCAACACCCAUUGUUCUUCAAUGAAGACGGUAGAAAAAUCAAUGGUGAAGUAGCUUUUUGCUCCCGAUGCCGUCAACCACUCCGGCCACCGGCGUUCACCUGCUCCAACUUCGAUUGCAACUUCCACAUCCAUCAAUCAUGUCUCCACCUUCCUCCUCAAAUCCACUCCCCCUUCCACCCCUUGCACCCUCUUUUCUUAGAAACCAACAACUAUUUCUGUACCGUCUGCUGGCAAAUGCCUUCUGGCGACGUUUACCGAUGCCGUAAAUGCAAUUUUCAAAUCGACAUCAAAUGCGUUCUCACCGACACCAAAUCCAGCGGCUUACGUCGUAUCUCUGGCGAUCAGUUUCGACAUUUCAGCCACCCACAUCCAUUAACUCUUCAACUAGAAGAAAACAGAGGAAAAAAUAGAGUGGUUUGUUUUGUGUGUGAUUUGCUUAUAAAAUCAACCCCUUCUUACUUUUGUUCACAAUGUGACAAUCAUUUCCAUCAAGGAUGUGCGGAGUUACCACGCGAGUUGUAUGAUGUUCGAUUUCAUCAACACCCUUUAUUUCUUCUUCCCAAUCUUAGCUUUGCUAAUUUCCUCUGUGAUAGUUGCAACAACAACUGUAGAAAGUUUGUUUACAGUUGCCCUCAUCCUCGACAUUGUAAAUUCAAUCUCCAUGUAGCUUGUUUACAAUCUUUCAAUCACGAACAUAAUUUCACUGCGUUUCGGAAUGCAAUGGAUUCUUUUGAUUGUCGAGUUUGUGGUAAGAAAGGCAAUGGAUUCCCUUGGUUUUGUGAGAUUUGUCAUAUUUUAGCUCAUAGAAAAUGUGCUAAAUCGCCAUUAACUCUAAGGACAGUUGGACACCAUCUCCAUGAUCUUACUCUCACCUACUUUCGUGAUAAUGUCCCGAAUCAUACUCGUUAUUGUAAGAUCUGUGGCGAGAAACUAGAAAUGAAAUUUGCUGGGUAUGGCUGUUACGAAUGCAAUUACUUUACCCAUCUGGAUUGUGCUGAAACCCAACGCUUUGACCUACAAUCUACUCCCAUAGUUGAUUUGACGACGAAUCAUUAUUCUUCUAACAACGAACAUGACAAUGAGAUUCAAUGUUCUGUUCAUUCCCAUAACUUGAAUUUGACGAUGGGGAUUAGGAGAAAAGGAGAUAGAAUUUGUGAUGGGUGUUUAAAGGGUCUUUUAAGUUCAUCUUAUGGUUGUCAGCAAUGUGAUUUCUAUGUCCACAAAGAAUGUGCUAAAUUGCCAAAAACUAAAACUCAUUUCCUCCAUCAGCAUUUACUCACUCUCAUCUCAAUCCCGAAUUUCAUCUUCCAUUGUGAAGCUUGUCACGAAUACUUCCACGGCUUCGCAUACCACUGUAAAACAUGUCUCUCAACAUUCGACAUUCGUUGCACUUCAAUUAAAAUCCCAUUUAAACACCCGGGUCAUCAACAUCCCCUGUCUCUUGACAGAACAAAUGAAGAACACAAUUGUGAGGCAUGUGGAGAAGGGGUCAGAAACAGAGUAUCAUUUCGAUGUGUUGACUGCAACUUUUAUUUGGAUGCGAAAUGUGCAACGCUGCCACUUACAGUAAGAUACAGAUUCGACGCGCAUCCAUUGAAUUUGACAUUUGUAGAGGAAGAGGAAAGCGAUGAAUAUUACUGCGAUGUUUGUGAAGAAGAAAGAGAGCCAUGGUUGUGGUCUUAUAGUUGUCGAAUUUGCUGUUUUGAGGCGCAUUUGGGUUGUGUUCUUGGAGAGUUUCCGUUUGUAAAAUCAAAGAUUCAUGAAGCUCAUAAGCAUCCGCUGAGUAUGGUAAUGAAAGGGAAAGAACAAAUGAAUUGUGGGAGUUGCAAUGAAUGGUGUGAUGAGAAUUUGGCGUUUCAAUGUGGAACUUGUAAAUUCAAUGUCCAUGCAAUUGGACGUUGUUACCAACAGCAGCUAAAACAGGGGAAGCUUGCAUAUACACAGCGGUAUUUUUACUCUCGUGGAGUUGAACUCUAUGAGCGGCCAACUAUAUACUCCCCUAUUCGUGAACCAUUGAGGCUACAUGGAGGCAAAGGGGGAAAUUCAUGGGAAGAAAAGGUUUUCACAACAGUUAGGACAUUUGUUGUUUAUCAUCAACAAUGUGUCCAUGCCAUUCAAAUUUAUUAUGAGAAGAAUGGGAAAGCUAUUUGGUCUGCUAAGCAUGGUGGAGAUGGUGGAACCAAAUAUGAGGUUGUAUUUGAUUACCCAUAUGAAUAUCUUGUUUCCAUUCAUGGCUCCUAUAACAAUGUAAUGGAACUUGAAAGAGUUGUUAUCGAAUCAUUGACACUAGAAACCAAUAAAAGAGUUUAUGGGCCUUUUGGAAUUGAAGAUGGAACAAAAUUUUCAAUCCCCAACAAGAGAGUGAAGAUUAUUGGUAUCCAUGGAAAAUGCAGUUCAUAUCUUGAUUCAAUUGGGCUCCUUACUCUUUCAACUCGAUCAUAAUUUCAUCUUCUUUUACUAAUAUGCCAUAGGUUGUUGUAAAUUGUAAUUAUAGUAGGUCAUACAAAAUAGAAAAAUACCACAAUGCUCAUCGUCCCAAAUGUGUUGUAAAUUUACUGUUAUGAAUGAAUGUCAAUUUUGACAAACUUUACCUGUGCAAGUUUAAAAAUUCCAUUCA